UAGAAUCAGUCGCUCAUAAGCUUGGCACUAUGCCUGGCUUGCUUUCAGUUCUUCCGUAUCGCAGUCUGGUUCCAUGUUUAACUAAAUUAGUGAUAAUAACUAUGGCGGGGAACUUUACAUUAUCGAACGACUCCCUUCAUCAGGCCUGACUACGUAUAAUAUCUCACCCGGCGACUCACCACCGGCUCACUGAGCGAACCUACUGAACGCUUCGGGACCAGAACUGUUCCACACCCCGCUUGAGCUAAUCCGAUCGACGAUACGCAAAAUCCCUACGAUGAAAGCAGCACUAGUGGUUGUCGACAUGCAAGAGGACUUCUGUCCUCCCAACGGCUCUCUCGCCGUCGACGGCGCGCGCCUCCUCGCACCAACCAUCAACGCCCUCCUCGCACACCCAGGCUUCACCUUCCGCGUCGCCUCGCAAGACUACCAUCCAGCGAACCACAUCUCCUUCGCCUCGAACCACGCGGCGCCCAACAACCGGCCCUUCGACUGUACCAUCACGCUCACGAACCCAGCGCCGGGCAAGCAAUCGCAGACGAAACCGCAACGGCUCUGGCCCGUGCACUGCGUCGAGGGCACCCCCGGCGCGGCCUUGAUCCCGGAGCUCGACGCGUCCGCGUUCGAUCUCCAUAUCAGGAAGGGCAUGGACGCCCGCGUGGAGAUGUACUCGGUGUUCGCGGACGCGUUCGGCAAUACCGAUCUGGAGCUGAACCGGAGCUCGGUGGAUCAUGACCUCGGCGUCGAGCUGCGGCGGCGCGGCGUCACGGCGGUGUUCUCGGUCGGCGUUGCGGGGGAUUACUGUGUGAAGUCCACGGCGAUCGAUGCCGCCAGGGCCGGGUUCCGGAGUUAUUUUGUUGAGGAUGCGACGCGGUGCGUCGAUCCGACGGUGGGGUGGGAGGAGGCGAAGGAGGAGUUGCGUGAGGCGGGCGUCGUGAUUGUUCGGUCGGAUGGGCCUGAGAUUGCGGAUUUGCAGGGUUGAAUGAUUCUUGAUAUUAAGGGGAGGGGGGGGUGUGGAUGUUGUGGAAGGUUGGCUGGAUUUUAGCUGGCCCUGGGAUGCUCGGGAUGUCUUGCCAAGUAAACUGUUUGUGGAGAAGCAAACUAGUCAUGUCAGUAUCUGGUACAUAGCCAGUCACGUAGCUACAGAACUUACUAUAUUCCA